AUGUGUGAAAUUUCAUCAUCGAUUUGUUCAUCACCAAUAGGUCAUUUAGCAAUAGAUUAUUGUCCACAAGGUUUACAUUUUAUUAUACAAGUACCAACUAUUAACGAUAAAACUUUUAUAGCUGAUGAAAAUCAACCCAUUGAAAUUGUCUCAACAACUGGAAAAGAUUCACUUCCUAAAUCGUGUCUUCAAUGGCUUGAUAGUUAUUUUCAUUCAAAAGAAAAAAUAUUGAUAACACCUGAACUUUGUCCAGCUGUAAUUACAAAAAAUGAUUCAUUUCAAGCAAAUGUUUGGCGUACACUUUUAAAUCAAGUUCAUUAUGGUCAAACAGUAACAUAUGGUGAAUUAGCUGAAUUAGCUGGAAAUAAACGAGCUGCACGUGCUGUUGGAACAGCUAUGCGUCGAAAUCCAUUUCAAUUAAUUGUACCAUGUCAUCGAGUUAUUCGUUCUAAUGGUGAAUUAGGAAAUUAUGCAGGAGGUGUAAGAAAUAAUACCAAAGUUUGGUUACUUAAACAUGAACAAAAUUAA